AUGGCUCAGAACGUUCAGAACGUUACAUUGUCUCUCACGCUGCCCAUCACGUGCCAUAUUUGCUUGGGGAAGGUUCGCCAUCCUGUCAUAUGCAUCAACAAUCAUGUAUUCUGUUCUAUUUGUAUUGAUGUAUGGUUGAAGAACAAUAGCCAAUGCCCAGCUUGCCGUGUUCCCAUCACCUCUGAAAAUCCCUGCAAGGAAAUUAUUGGAGGAACAAGUGAGAGUGAACCUAUGCUUAGCCACACUGUCAGAAAGCAUCUUCGAAAAACACGACUUGAGUUACUUCACAGAGAAUAUGAGGAUGAAAUAGAAUGUCUGCAGAAGGAAGUGGAAGAGCUUCGGGGGAAGAACCUCAGUUUAGAGUCCCAGCUGAAGUCUGUUCUGGAUCCUUUGACCUUAACAGUGGGAAGCCAGAAUGAAGAAAGAAGGCCAGCUGCUGAGGAGAGAAGUAAGGCACACCCAGAAACUGUGGCGGAAUGGAAAAAAAAGCUUCGCAUGGCUCAUGACAUCUAUGAAAAAGUGAAAGAUGAUGUGGAUAAGCUCAAGGAGGCAAAUAAGAAACUAAAAUUGGAAAAUGGUGGCCUGAUGAGGGAGAAUUUACGAUUGAAGGCUGAAGUUGAUAACAGAUCACCCCAAAAAUUUGGCAGAUUUACAGUUGCUGCUCUUCAGUCCAAGGUAGAACAGUAUGAGCGAGAAACAAAUCGCCUCAAGAAAGCCCUGGAACGAAGUGAUAAGUAUAUUGAAGAAUUAGAAUCUCAAAUCUCACUGCUAAAAAGCCCAAGUGAAGAAACUGAAACUACAAACUCCAUUAGCCAAAGAGUACUUUCUACAGAAGGCCAAGGAAACAGUUGCCCUGAGGAAGGUUCCACAACUUCAACAAGUCAGGGAGAUGGUACCAGAAAGCAGCCUAUUCCACCCAACCCAAGCGCUACACACCUUACACAGUCUUCAAGUAGUAGACUCUUAGAUGUUAAUUCUGCUAGUCAAGAAGGCUCAAGUGAGAGAGAGACAGAGUGUUGUAAGAACAAAGAACUCUUCCCAGAACAGUUAAAAAUCCUAUUAGAUGUCCCUGAUUCAAGGUUGGAUGCUUGUUUGGAAAGACAGUGGAAUAAUAAAACUGGGAAUUGUGAACCAUAUAAAGAUGAGGAACUUUAUGAUCUCCCAGCUCCCUGUACCCCCUCUUUGUCUCUUAGUUGUCUUCAGCUCAAUACCCCAGAUAACAAAGAAAGCUCUCUAGUCAAAACGGAGAGUAUCAGAAAGCACUCACACCAUCUAAGAAAAUUGGUGUUUGAUGAUUUUUGUGGCACUCCAAGCAAUUGUAGCAAAGAUUCCCUCCCGGAUGAUACAAACAGUAGUGAAAAUGGAAAGAAAUCAGAAUGCUUCACUUCCCCAAAGUCAGUGUUUUGGGAUUGUUGCCCUUCCAAUUUUGCCCAAAACUUAAAUUUUGAAAGUUCAGAGCAGAAUACAGUUGCAAGUUCUUCUGGAGAUUUGAAAUCCAAUGAGAAAGCAGGCUCCUGUUUAUCUAAAAGGUUAAAUUCUAUUCGCUCCUUUGAAAUGAAUCGUACCAGGACAUCCAGUGAAGCCUCAAUGGAUGCAGCCUACCUUGAUAAGAUCUCUGAGCUAGACUCCAUGAUGUCCGAAUCAGACAACAGUAAGAGUCCCUAUAACAGUUUUAAGUCAGCUGACAUGGAAAUGCCAACAAAGUUAGCACAAAGCAACGAAUUUUUGGAUGACUCUGAAAAAAUAGAAGAAAGAACUAAGCCAAACCUUACAAAAUGUUCUCAGCUGCUUGAUCAGCCAGGAAAUAGAAAUGAGUGGAAACCCACUUCUUUUUUCAUCCUUUCACCAUCUGACCAAGAAAUGAAUGAACACUUUCCACUCCUCCCCUCUCCCAAUUCAGGAACUAGUGAAAUCAAACCCCAAAACUGUUUGUUUCAGAGGGAGUUAUCCCAGAGUUUUUUGUUUAGUAACUCACAUAGGCUGUUUGAUGAUCAGAGGUUUGGGCCAUCUUUUUUCAAGGUGUCCUCAGAGAUGCACAGUGUUCACAAUCACCUUCAGUCCCCGUGGUCUGCUUCCUUUGUGCCUGAAAAGAGGAAUAAGAGUAUGAAUCAGUCAGCAAAAAGAAAAAUCCAAAGUAGCCUUUCUAGUGCCAGCCCAUCCAAAGCAACUAAAAGUUGAUUCAUUUCUAUUGAAAAGAUACUAGUUGUCUUUGUCCUGAGAGGAAAAUGGAAGUUUCUGAACUGUCAUUUCCCACCUAUUCCCUUGCCCCUCCAGAGAAA